AGGAGAGGAGAGGAGAAGGGAGGCGACAGUCGAUUCCCGGUCGACAGAAGAAUCGAUUUGAUUUCACGGCGCAAGGAUUCUCCGAAAGCAGGAUCGAUGAGUCGAUUGGAGUUGUGCUCCAAAUUGUGGAGCAGUCGGUGUUCACGGGGCGUGCGCCGAGCUCUGGAAAUUGAUAGGCAUGUUUCCGUAGCUGCGUUCAGCAGAUCGAAUCACGAUGUGGCCGCUUCCGGCACAAAUCCUGAGGUGGAGAAGAUUCACAAUGAGCUUGUAGAAACCAUGAAGAGUCAGCGAAUUCCUCAGUCUGCUCUAGUUUUCUCACUUCUCGAAAACUGCUCCAGUCCUCAGGACGUCAAACUGGCACUGGAUGCCGUGGCCCGUCUGCGCACCACCAAAGCUGUACAAGGGCAGCAGCAGGCAAAUUUUGGUUCAAAGCUGUCACAGUCAGUUCUGGAUGCUUGUUUACGCGCGAAAGAUGCUGAAAAUGCACUCAAAACUAUCUGGGAGCACAAUAUAUAUGGAUUCACCGCUAGUUCAGAAUCUGCCAAUCAAAUUCUGGCAUAUGCAAGAGCGCAACAGGAUCUCGUAUUGAUGCAGAAGACUUUGAGAACGAUGUCUUUGAAUUCUGUGACUCCAACGCGAGCUACAGCAGAGAUUGCACUAAGGAUAUGCAAAGAACAAGGGAACCAUAAAUUGUUACAUAGCCUGGCCAAGGAGUUCCAUCAGAGUGGCCUGAAAUUCAGUACAGGUCUUUAUGAUAUAUGCAUAUCUACCUCGGCCAAUGCUGGAGAUACAAAACAUGCUUUGGAAGUGCAACAGUGGAGAUCUAAAUCCAAGCUCCCUUACACCACCGCCACAGCGUUUGCACUUGCAAAAGUACAAUUACUGAAACGGAAGCCGAAGGAGGCUGCACAGCUUAUUCAAGCCCAUGUCCAGGAGUCGGAAGAGAAGGACAUGUACUUGAGAAUUCUUGUUCGGGCGUGGCCAGUGGAGGUCUUGACUCGCAAGAAGAGAUCCGUGAUUGAGGCCAACUUGAGGGAAGAUGUCGGAGCUUUGCUGGAUGAGUUGAGAGCACUGGGCUGUAACGUGAAAGUGGACGUAGCUGAUUUUGGAACGGGCAAGGAGACAUUGCGGAAACCCGUCUAUGCCUGAUGCCUAGGCACGAUAUGUGGGACCGUAUCAGACCCAGAAAUACAAACAGUUUUGAUGCUACCGCAUGACAUUCUUUAUAGAAGAAAUUCCAUGAUUUUAGACUUGACACACAAGUCAUGCCGAGUCUUCAGUGUGCAAGGAAAUGUUACAAAAUUGAUCAGUACUCGUGACGACCUUUGUCUUAGUGCCCGCGGCCAUAUUUCAAUUCAUACCGGCCCUGUACAAAGUGUGCAACGAGUAGAUACGGAAAUGAAAGGAGGGUCUUCUUUUUAGACUGAUGUUCGACUUUUCUACAAAUAUUUCAAAGAGUAUCAUAAAGGGGUUCAAAAGUUCUUUUU